GUAGUGUUCUCGGGUACAUUUGUUUCGCCUGACUAGUUAUUGGGAAUUUAAUCUCGUUAUUCCACCAUAAUGUAAAAAAACAAGUAAGAUGAAGGCUGUCAGAUAUCUAAAAAUCAGUUGUCUGCUUUGUAUAAUAUGGAUAGGAUAUGGAGAAGCGGACCAUUUAAAGAAACCAGGCACAUGCCCUGCUAUUUCGCCUUCCAUGACCGGAAGUUGUACAAAUUACUAUUGUACAUCAGACUAUGACUGCGUGGGAGAGGAGAAGUGCUGUAGCGAUGACUGUGCUACCUAUAGCUGUCAAAAACCGGUGACUAAUGAGGCACAUAUCAAAGGAGCCGAGUGCCCACAGGUCUCUUAUCGGACAGACAGCUUUGGGUUCAAAUGGCCGAUGACGUCAUACAUUUACUGCUCUACGGGAUGUUGUGGUGUCAGGAAUAAUCACUUCUGCUGUGAAACCAAGCAUCACAUUGGUAUUUAUGUCGGGAUCGCUGCAGCCACCGUGGUGUUGGUCGUAUUGAUCGUCUCAAUCUCAUGUUGCUGCAUCCAUAAAUACAACAAAAAGAAUGUCAUCGUCGGAGUCAGUCCAGAUUCGCACAAUCAAAUGUUUGCAGCUCAAAGGACACAAUAUCAGUGGCCAACGGCUCCUCCUCUGUAUGAGCAGGCCAUUUCUACAAGAAAUCAAGCACCUGCUGCCAAUGUUAGCUAUUCCAGAACUAGUGGUGUUUUGUUUGACAGUAAGAACUAAUAAAAUACAACUCCGGUAUAUAAUUUUUUUUAUGUAAAUAUUUUGUAAAUUAUACAAUUAGUUAUUUUCAAGUAACUAAUAAAUCAUUAAAUAUAUUUUGUAAAAUCCAUGUUAAUGUACCGGAAUUCGAAUCUUUUUCUGAUAAGAGAUGCAAUACUUAUAUAUAAUUGCUAUCUAUGCAUUCAAAGAUUUUUUAAAUCCCGAAAUGUAUUUUUGGAAAUUGAAAAAGUUCUAUAACCAUUGACAUUUUAUCUUA